GGGACAAAAGGCGCCAAGAGAUAGAUGCAAGGUCUAGGUAAAGAGUUGAAAGUUGGGACAGAGAAGCAGAGGAAGCAGAGCGAGCAGAACAUACAACACAUACCUACUGACCACUACGGCAGCACAAUAUGGCAGGAAAUUCCCAGCAACCAGCCUGCCCAGACAGCUGUCAAAACCAGAGCCGUCGCCUCUGGCAGGGAGCCCGACUCGCGUCGCCCGGACUUGGCCCGCCUGCGCUGCAUCCGAAGCGAGCCCCGCCCCGCAUCCGGUGCCAGAAGUGGCUUCCCCGACAUAGUCUGCGCGAACAUGAGUUGCAGCAGGCCCUUUUCCUUUUUCGCCUAGCGCAGACGCACCAUCCGCCUCCAGACACGCGCGCAAACACAGCUAGCGGGCCGGUUCCCAUCCAGAGUGGGGGCAUAUCGCCCUCCGGUAUGCACCCAAGACUGUGUCUUGCUAUCGAGAUGGCGUUACUCUGGCACCUGGGGUAUGUGGAUGCGCAAAGCCCUGUAGCCCUUGUGGACUAGGUCGGUAGCUACGUAGGCGGGCAGCUAUCUGAUGGAUAAACGAUGCGCCCUUCUCCGCCUUUGCGUCCCACGGCGCUUCCGUGUUGGAGUCUUCCAUGUUUCCGAUAUAUUUAAGUCCCUUGGUGUGCCCGCCCUGGCUCUUUGCCCUCGACUGUCGUAAAACGACUUGCUUGUCCCAGCACAUUCCUUCUUUGUUGUCUUUGCCCUUUCCCCUCGCGGGGCCUCCAAAGCCUCUACUGUGCGAGUUCAAGUCUUGGAUCGUCAUCCAAACCAGGGUGGUCGGAUUUGUCCCCCACGCCCCAAGACCAGACAAAGGCAAGAUCAGACCCGAGCUGCAUAUGGCUGUCGUGUCGUCAUAGCAGCGCAGAGUUCAGACCGUUGCAGAGCUUUGGAAGCCCUCGAAACCAAGAGACGUCUCGCACAAAUUUGCGCCGACCGACCUUGAUUGCACUCGAACAAGAGAACGUCCGAAUUCGUCAUCGUUUUCGGGUCUGGGAACAAGCUCUCGACUAGCGCCAAAUCGCGAAUCCAGCCAUUGAGGCCCUCUAAACAGCUGCCGGCGCUAGAACACGCAAGCCCCACGCCGAGACGCCUCCAGGUAACCCCCAUGGCCACCGCAAUGGCAGAGAAGGGGGCAAGACUGCGAAAAUGGGCCGACAAGCUCGCUGUUGAGGCCGAGCCGGGGUUGACGAAUGCCCAGUUGAUGUUGACGAAUCAUGAUCUCAAACUAGUCGAGCCUGAACGGCGACAAUGGGGUCCAUGGAACUUCGUGGGCUUUUGGAUCGCUGAUUGCUUCAACAUCAACACAUGGAUGAUCUCGUCUUCCAUGGUGGUCGGCGGCCUGUCGUGGUGGCAGUCAUGGCUCUGUGUCUGGAUUGGAUACACCAUUGCCGGCGGCUUCAUCGUUCUCACCGGCCGCAUCGGCGCCACCUACCACAUCGGCUUCCCCGUCGUAUCGCGUUCCUCCUUUGGUAUCUGGGGCAGUCUGUGGCCUGUUUUCAACCGUGCCGCUAUGGCCUGCGUUUGGUACGGGGUCCAGUCAUGGAUUGGCGGACGUUGCGUUUACCUCAUGAUCCAAUCCAUCUGGACGAGCUGGGACCGUGACCUGAUCCCCAAUACUUUCUCUAAAGACUCAGGGGCUACGACGGCGGACUAUGUCUCGUUCUUCCUCUUCUGGCUCCUCUCGCUGCCUGCAAUCUGGUUUCCCGUCCACACCAUCCGCCACUUGUUCACGGUCAAGGCCUACUUCGUGCCCGUCGCCGCCAUCGCAUUCCUUAUAUGGGCCGUUGUGCGCGCUGGCGGCGUGGGCCCCAUCGUGAACACGCCCGGCCGCCUUCACGGAUCCGAGCUGGCGUGGGAGUUUGUGCUAGGCGUCAUGAGCAGCAUCGCCAACUUCGCCACGCUCAUCGUCAACGACCCGGACUUUACGCGCUUUGCCCAAAAGCCGCGCGACGCGCUCUGGUCGCAGCUCAUCUCCAUCCCCGUCGGCUUCGCCCUGACCUCCUUUAUCGGCAUCAUCGUCUCGUCGGCCUCGGCCAUCAUCUACAAGGAGCCGGUAUGGGAUCCGCUCAAGCUGCUUGAGCGCUUCAUCCAAGAGGGCGGCUCCGGCGAGCGCUUUGGUGUCUUCGUCAUCGCCUUCGCCUUCGCGCUGGCCCAGCUCGGAACCAACAUUGCCGCCAACUCGGUCUCGGCCGGCACGGACAUGACGGCGCUCCUGCCUCGGUUCCUCAACAUCCGCCGCGGGGGCUACAUCUGUGCCGCCGUCGGCUUGGCCAUGUGCCCCUACACGCUCCUGACCGACAGCAACCAAUUCACGACCUACCUGUCGAGUUACAGCGUCUUUCUGAGCUCCAUCGCUGGCGUCAUGAUCAGUGACUACUACUUUGUCCGUUGUGGCUACCUCGAGGUCAAGGAGCUGUACUCGGCGCGCAAGACGAGCCCUUACUACUUCAGCUACGGCAUCCACUGGCGGGCGUACGCCGCCUACAUCGCCGGCAUCCUCAUCAACGUGGUCGGGUUCGCCGGCCAGAUCGGGCGCGAGGUGCCCAUCGGCGCCACCUACAUCUACCGCGUCAACUUCUUCGCCGGCUUCAUCGUGUCCGCGGGCGUCUACUACCUGUGCUGCCGCUUCUCCCCCGUCCCAGCCACGAGCGACCGCUGGAUGGAGGUCGGCGAUGAGAUCGAGGACCUCCGCGUCGCCUACGACGACGGCUCAGACCGGCCCCACGACACGGCCAGCGGCAGCCAGGAGUACGACGACGUCCAGGGUGGCCCGCCGCUUAAGAAGGACGGCGACAAUGCAAAGAUGGUUUAAUUGGCCCUUGUUACAAAGUCUUCUCUAUCUUCUGGCGCUUUUUCUUCAGCCAUGUUUACCUUGUUUUUUUUUGGCCUACCGAGAAUCGGUUUCCGUGAAUUUCAUAUCACUUGGCUACCUUUUUGGCUUAUAUCGUAUCGUCUCACAAGCCUACCCGAGAGAGUGUUUUUAUCAACGAUGAAGUAGAUGUCGCACGAUACCACUAUAAACAUGCCAUGUCACUGCUUUAUUACUACGAUGCGCUCUCACUUGGGCGUUGAGCUAUCUUUGUUGUUAAAUCCAUGAUCGAUCCAGGUGCCCAUUAUUGAUAUUAUC